CAGUCUGCUUCACGAUUAAUUGGACCAAAUUGUCCAGGAAUAAUAAAACCGGACCUAUGCAAAAUCGGUAUUAUGCCUGCGGAUAUUCAUAAACCGGGAACGGUAGGAAUAGUAUCCAGAUCGGGGACAUUGACUUACGAAGCUGUCUUUCAAACUACACAGGUUGGUCUCGGUCAAUCUCUGUGUGUUGGAAUCGGUGGUGAUCCGUUUAAUGGAACAGAUUUUGUCGAUUGUCUUGAUAUAUUUUUAAACGAUCCUAAUACAAAAUCAAUCAUCUUGCUUGGUGAAAUCGGUGGUGAUUCAGAAGAACAAGCUGCAGAAUUCUUAAAAAAGCAUAAUACUGGUUCAAAACGCAAACCGGUUGUAUCUUUUAUUGCAGGCGUUACAGCGCCACCUGGACGUCGUAUGGGUCAUGCUGGAGCAAUCAUUUCACUAGGUAAGGGUGGCGCCAAAGAGAAAAUGGCAGCUUUAGAAAGUGCAGGUGUUGUUGUCACACCUUCUCCAGCUCAACUAGGUAAAACUCUCUUGCAAGCUAUCGCAAAUUUCCCGAAAUCGUAAAAAGACUUAUUGUUUGCUAAAUUUUCUGAAAUAUAAAGAAGAUUAUUUACUAUACUCUUCAUUAUAAAUUGACUUUACAUCUUACUUCAGUUAGAAAUGUUUCACUGACAAACGCUACCAGUGUGUUUAUACCCUAAGUAUUUUACUUAUGUUGUUAGUUCUUAUCUCUGUAGCAAUUUGUUUUAACUCCUCAAAUCGAUCAAGUUUAUGCAACUAAAUAUUCAACUUAUAAUUAACCGUUGUUCAGUCAGUUUAGAUAAAUGAGUGCAUUGUCUUUUAAUUCCAUAGAAUUGUAUUUCUCUCAUUUGUACAUGCUUGCAUUUUUUUGUGUAAAACUUCAAGUUUAUUGUGUUACAAGUUAACAUAGAGUUGAUGUGAAAAUAUUGCAUUCUCAAGAACUCACUUAUAUUGAU